GGAUGGGCAAAUAGUCAGGUUGCUCCAACGAUCGGUCACAAGAGCCGGCCCAUUUAAUUUCUUCUCUAUAUAUAGACGUAAUAUUAAACCCUACCCAGUCUUGCAGCCGUCUCCCACUUCGCGUUCACAGGGAGCUCUUACGCCUUCUCCCACUUCAUCAGGUUGAAAAAUGGCCGUCCCAUUGCUUGACAAAAAGAUCGUGAAGAAGCGUGUCAAGAAGUUCAAGAGGCCACAAAGUGACAGAUACAUUUCUGUCAAGGAAAACUGGAGGAGGCCCAAGGGUAUCGAUUCUCGUGUGCGUAGAAAGUUCAAGGGAUGCACUCUCAUGCCAAACAUUGGUUAUGGUUCUGACAAGAAGACCCGCCACUAUCUGCCUAAUGGUUUUAAAAAGUUUGUUGUGCAUAAUGCCAAGGAGUUGGAACUUUUGAUGAUGCACAACAGGACUUACUGUGCAGAGAUUGCACACAAUGUGUCUACCAAGAAAAGGAAGGAAAUUGUCGAACGUGCAGCACAGCUUGAUGUUGUUGUCACCAACAAGUUGGCUAGGCUUCGUAGCCAGGAAGAUGAGUGAUCAACUUUUAUGUAGUGUUUUCAGAGAUGUGUUUCCUCAACCUAGUAUUAUAUUUAUGUUUUUGUGCUUUUUUUGCACCUUGACCGUAUGUCAAAUUUUUGUUGCAUUUCUUUAAUAUAUUAUAGACUUCACAUCUCUUUCCUUUGCAAAUGUGUCUUGAUGUUUUUAUCUACCCAGCUGAGGGUUUUCAACAUUUUUUUUAUUGCAGUGUUAACCUCUAUUCCUUAUCCUUUUACCGAUAAUUUAAGAUCACCAACAUUUUUUUUUAUUCCCAACUAGGUUUUCAC